AUGGCAUUUCAGCAAGCCAGCCACCUCCCUUUGGAUGGUAAAGUAGCAAUAGUUACAGGUGGAAGUCGAGGUCUUGGAGCAGGUAUGGCUCAAGAGUUGGCGAUACGAGGAGCAAGUGUUAUAAUCGUCUACACCUCUGAACGAAGUGCUGGUCUUGCAGAUAACGUUAUCUCGAAGAUCACUUCUCUCGAACAUAAGCCUCUUGCUACGAGUAUACGUGGAGAUCUCAGCACAGUCGAUGAUCCAUCGAAAGUAGUAGACUCAGCCCUAGCAUGGCUUGAAUCGAAUGCCAGACCAAAGAACAUUCACAUCCUUGUCAACAAUGCAGGCGUAGAGCUUGUGAAGCCGUUGGGGAAGAUUACACCUGAGGAUUUCGCCAAAGUCUACGACCUUAAUGUUCGAGGAGCAUUGCUAAUAACGCAAGCCGUUCUACCAUACCUUCCUGCUGGUGGACGGAUCAUUAAUAUAUCCUCCGUGGGUGGCAGAGCAGGAUUCAAGGAACUUGGACUAUACUGCUCAAGUAAAGCAGCUCUUGAAGGAUUAACGAGGUGCUGGGCAGCAGAGUUGGGUAAGAACGGCACAACUGUUAAUGCUGUCAAUCCUGGACCCGUCCAAUCAGACAUGCUCGACAAUAUACCCAAAUAUAUCAUCGAUGCUCAGAAAGCAGCUACACCAAUUGAGAAUCGGGUUGGGACGGUGGAAGAGAUUGCUAUGAUUGUUUGCUGGCUCGCGGGUGAGGACAGUAAGUGGGUGACAGGACAGACAAUCAGUGCAAGCGGAGGAUGGGCUAUGUAUUGA